UGUCAAGCAAGUGUCAAAUUUUUAAUUUUGCCGCUAAUUUGUAUUUCCAUUCAAAUACACUAAAAUUAUAAAUAACUAUUAAAUAUCCAUACUCCAUAUUGUUUACACUGUAAUUUGUAUGGAACUAAAAUAAAUAAUAAUUGAAGCACUUAGAAAAUGCAUUAUAAUUAAAAAAAUAUAACCUUUUUUAAAUAUUAUUUUGUGGGUAACUAUUACUUACUUUAAAACUUUUAACAAUAAAUUCCAAUUUACUACCAAUUCACGCGGGUUAAAAUGUCAUCGUUACAACCUAUACAAGCCUUAAAUCUGGAUUCAGUACAGCAACAAGCAUUUGUUAAAUACUUUCAUUCUUUACCUGAUAAACCGCCUACAACCGUCCGUAUUUUCGAUCGCAACGACUACUACAGCGUCCAUGGAGUCGACGCAACUACUUCCGCAAGGGAGGUGUUCUCAUCCAUAUCCAAUAUCAAGAGAAUGGGGAUUGAACCCAACAGGCUCGACUACCUCGUACUUUCGAAAGGAAACUUCGAAAUACUAAUAAGAAAACUGCUAUUGGUACGACGUUACAGAGUGGAGAUAUACGUCACAGAGGGGUCAGUCAAAUCAUGCGAGUGGAUGCUAAAGUACAAAGGCUCUCCGGGAAAUCUUUCGCAGCUAGAGGAAAUACUCGGCGAAGGACUUGGCUCUACCAGUGAUCAGUCGCCUUGCUUGAUGGCUGUUAAUAUUAAAAGCGAUACUGUCACGAAGGGUAGAUUGCUAGGAGUAGCAUGUAUAUCACAGGGCGACUAUCUGCUGUCAGUAUCAGAAUUCACAGAUGACGAUCUGCUCACGGAACUGGAGACGAUCGCCGUGCAAAUGGCGCCCUCGGAGUGCAUCGUUGCUUCUACUGAAAACGAUGAUUACAAAGCCUUAAAAAAGGUAAUGGUCAGGGCAAACAUAACGUUAACCAAACUCAAAAAGUCGGACUUCUCCACCGAAGGGCUCAUUCAGGAUUUGAACCGACUACUCAAGUUCAAGGAGAGCCAACAACAGGACGCGAAUGCUUUCCCUGAGACAAGGAAACAAGUCGCUAUGACGAGUUUAGCUGCAGCUAUAAGAUACACGUCUUUGGUUAAUGAAAACACUAACUUUGGAAGAUUUCGCUUAGUAACCAUCCAGCCGGAUUGUUUCCUGCAUCUAGAUGCAGCGGCUCUCACUGCUUUAAAUGUUUUGCCGGAGUUGGGAGACACGAGCCACGCACCUUCUAGAAGUUUGCUCGGACUUCUAGACAGAUGCAGGACUCAGCACGGGAAAAGACUCUUAGCCCAGUGGCUCCGUCAACCGCUAAGAGACAUAAACCUCAUAAACGAAAGACUGGACAUUGUGGAGUUGCUAGUGAACAGCUCGCAACUUCGCUUGCAAUUGCACGACGAUCAUUUGCGGAGAAUACCUGACCUGCAGGCACUCGCUCGAAGACUAACGAGGAAGAAGGCGAAUCUACAUGACUGUUACCGGAUUUAUCAGGCUAUCAACAGACUGCCGUCAUUGUUGCAAUGUCUGGCAGAGGCGGACAAUGCAACUGUGCACUCGUCACUGGCAGAACCGAUAUCGGAACUGAACGACGACCUCGACAAGUUCCAGCAGAUGAUCGAGACUACUAUGGACAUGAACGCCGUUGAUAGAGGUGAUUUCUUAGUUAAACCUUCCUUCGACGAACAGUUACAAAGUUUAGCCGAAGAAAUAGAGAAACUACAAUCGUCCGCAGAGAAAGAACUCAGCAAGGCCGCUAGAGACUUAGGGCUCGAUAGUGGCAAGUCUAUCAAACUGGAAAUCAAUCCUCAGAAUGGCUUCUACUUUAGAGUAACAAUGAAAGAGGAGCAAUCCCUCCGUGGUAACAAGAAGUACACAAUAAUAGACGCGGUGAAGGGCGGCGUGAGGUUCAAGAGUAACGCGUUAGAGGGCAUCACGGAGGAAUACUUGCAGGCGAAGAGUUCCUAUGAGAAGGUGCAGGACAAUGUCGUUGCUGAGAUUAUUGCUAUUGCUGCCGGUUAUUCAGAAUGUCUCUUCUGCCUAUCUCACAUACUAUCUCGAUUGGACGUAUUGGUAUCGUUCGCCGUGGCCGCUACCACGGCACCGUACCCCUACUGCAGGCCGCUACUAACGGAGGAACUCGACGAGUUCGUACUGAAGGAAGUGAGACAUCCGUGCUUGGAAGUGCAGGAGGGUGUCUCAUAUAUACCCAAUGAUGUGACUUUUAAACGAGAUUCAUGCCUCAUGCAUAUAGUGACGGGCGCCAAUAUGGGCGGCAAGUCGACUUGGAUGAGGUCUUGCGGUGUGGCGGCUCUACUGGCUCACACGGGCUGCUUGGUACCGGCUGCCAGCGCCAAGAUACCUCUGCUGAGGGCUCUGUGCGCGCGAGUGGGCGCCACGGACAGGGAGGACAAGGGGCAGAGCACCUUCAUGUUGGAGAUGAUCGAGUCUGCCGCUAUAUUACGAACUGCCACACCAGAUUCACUGGUGCUAGUGGAUGAGCUCGGCAGAGGAACGUCUACAUAUGAAGGGUGCGGCAUUGCGUGGGCUAUAGCUGAAAAACUAGCAACAGACAGCAAGUGCUUCUGUCUGUUCGCGACGCACUACCACGAGCUGACGCGUCUGCCGAGUCUCCAUCCUCGGGUCGUUGUGAACUCGCACGCCGAGGCGUCCGUGGUGGACCAGCAGUUGCUGCUGCUGCACAGGAUCGCGCCCGGGCCCGCCACGCAUUCGCUAGGACUGCAUGUAGCCAAGUUGGCUGACUUACCCGACACUAUUAUUAAGUACGCCGAAGAAAAACAAGCACAAUUGGAGACGAAUCUCUUUGAAGUGGAGUCAUCUGUGAAGACGGAGGAAACAUCCGAAGGCCAACGACUUAUUGUUGACUUUUUACGAAAAUGCAAGAAAAUACAAGAAACCGUUUCUUCCGACGAGGAAAUGAUGCAAGAAAUCAACAAACUCAAGCAAGAAGUCUUGCAACAGAACAGCAAAUACGUCCGUUCUUUGUUAAUGACAUAAAUAAUGUGGCUGUGACAUUUUAUAAACUACCCUCAUUUCAUUUUUAACUGCAAAAGUAAAUAAAACGUAUUUUUAUUUAAAGAAA